GUGAUUUGGUCGAGGAGAUCAAGCUUCCCAACCAACCCGUGGACGAUGGGGUGCUCUUCCGCUCGGAUUCCGAGGAGUCGUCUGAGUCCAACGAGGACGUCUUCGGCGAGACGCAGUCCUCGGUUCGUCGCAAAUCGGGAGUUUUGGACAUGAAGCGCAGGUUGCAGCAGAUGCUUGCUCAGACGUCGACGAAUGCACUGGACUUGUACCACAACACGGGCUACACUCAGCGCAUCGCACGACAUCCCUGGUUCGACAUCGCGGUGAUGUGUGGCAUCUUCUUGAAUUGCAUUUGGCUUGGGAUUGAUGCUGCCUGGAAUGACUCCGAUGUCCUGAUUGAGACAGAUCCAAUUUUCCUCGUUGUUGAGAACAUCUUUUGCCUCUUCUUCGUCAUUGAGCUGUCCAUCCGUUUCGGGGCCUACAAGCGGAAGUUGACGGCUCUGAAGGACAUCGGUUUCGUCGUUGACCUUAUUCUCGUGAUACUGAUGGUUCUGGAAAUAUGGCUGCUUGCGAUCAUCCAGCUCGCAACUCUGACCGGGAACACGCCCUCAACAUUCAAUCCGGCCUUCCUGCGGCUGACACGAGUCUUCAAGUUCUUCCGCAUGGUGCGGCUGGUGCGGCUCUUGCGCUACACCCCAGAGAUCGUGAUCUUGGUCAAAGGCCUGGGUGUCGCAUCUCGUUCGGUGUUCUUUACCUUGUGCCUGCUGGGCUUGCUCAUCUAUGUAUAUGGCAUCGCCUUCAAACACUUGUGCAAGGAGACGGAUGUUGGCAAAGCCUACUUCAGCACUUUGUCCCAAUCGAUGUUCACUCUGUUCUUCACCGGCUGCUUCUUCGACGGUAUACCUGCCUUGGCCGAGAUGAUGUUCCAGGAGCACCUCAUUCUUGGCGGGAUGUUCAUGAGCUUCCUGCUCAUGGCGCCGUUGACGGUGCUGAACAUGCUGGUGGGCGUUCUCGUGCAGGUGCUACAAGUUCUAUCGCAGUGUGAAAACGACGCGCUUACGGCCACAUUCCUGCGCGACCAUACCAUCCAAAUCGUGACCAAGUUGGAUUCAAACAACGAUGGCAACGUCGAUAUCGAAGAGUUCAGCCGUUUGGUGAAACAGCCCGGAAUGGUGAAGGCUCUGCACGAGGCCGAUAUCGACGUCACGGCCCUGGUCAGCGAAGCCGAGCUGCUGUUCAACGGGCAGGAGAAGCUGAGCAUCGACGACUUUGUCGCAGCGAUUCAAGCUUUCAGACGCACCAACUCGGUGACCAUCAAGGACUUGCUGCAGUUCCGGCGCAUGUUACGCAAGGACACAGAGGAAGUGCUGCGGCAUCAGAACAAGACACUGCAGAAAUCCGUCCGGAAGGCGACCAAACACAAGCGGCUGUACUGA